AUGAAGGUGGACAAUGUUACAACUCUCAUUGAAUCACUUCAAUCAAACGGUCAUAAUCUCCUGCAAUCCUGUAGUACAAAUGGCAACAAUAACACACCAUUUCAUAUAAAUCAAAAUAACCAAUCAAAGAAAAGAAAAAAUCAUAUUCAUACAGAUGAACAUGGACAAGUUAAAAGAACAUGCUCAUCAUCAAAUCAAAAUAUGCACCAUUCAACAACUUUUUCAUUAGAUGCUACAAGCUCAAAUAAUGCUAUUACUGAUUCGGAUGAUGAAGACUCAAAUGAGAAAUUUCAGACCAUACAACUCAAUGAUAAAGAAGCUCAUUACACAACACCUUGGACUUUCGGACCUCCUUCAUAUACAUGUCAAUAUUGUAGUGCUAUUCUAUGGUAUGAGGAAAGAACAAAUAGAACCCGAGAGGUCACACAUCCCAAAUUCUCAUUUUGUUGUAUGCAAGGAAAAGUACAUAUACCCUUAUUCAAGGAAGCACCUCCUUUGCUCAAAUAUCUCCUCGGACCUGAUUCAGGCCAAAAAGGGAUUAAAUUCAGAAAAAAUAUUAGAGCUUACAACUCAAUGUUUGCGUUUACAUCAAUGGGAGGUCGAAUCGAUAACUUAAUCAAUCAAUCACAAGGUUCGUAUGUAUUUCGGAUGAGCGGUCAAAAUUAUCACCACAUUGGUUCGUUGUUGCCAGAACAUGAAAAAAAUCCACAGUUCGCUCAGCUCUACAUAUAUGAUACAGAAAAUGAGACAGAAAAUAGAAUCGCCACAAUUCAAAAAACCAAGCCAACAACUGAGAUUGAACAUGAUAUUGUCAAUCAAUUAUCUCAAAUGUUGGAUCAACAUAAUAGUUUGGUGAAAUCCUUUAGAAUGGCAAGGGAUAGAUUCAAAGAACAACCAGAAUGUACGUUCCGUUUACGACUUUUAAGUACUCGGACAAAAGAUGGUCGUCAAUACAACUUGCCAACAGUAUCUGAAGUAGCCGGCUUGAUAGUGGGUGAUUUCAAUGAAGAGAACUGCGAACGGGAUGUUAUUGUAGAGCACCGAACUAACGGACUUCAAAGAAUCACAGAUUUACAUCCAAGUUUUAUGCCUAUGACAUACCCAUUGAUACACCCUUAUGGUGAAGAUGGAUAUAGGCUUCGCAUACCUUUUAGAGGUGAACUUGAGAACGAAUCUGAUACAAAAAAGUUGACAAUGAGACAAUACUAUUGCUUUAGGUUGCAGCAAAGACUAAAUGAGGGGCACAGUCUUCUUCAAGCUGGUAGAUUAUUGCAACAAUAUAUAGUAGAUUGUUACAUGGCGAUUGAAGAAGAAAGAUUUAGAUGGAUACGAAAUAACCAAAAACAACUUAGAUCAGAACUUUACUCUGGUUUAAUGGAUGUUGUUCAUAGAGGUGAUUCAGAUUGUUCAAAAGUUGGAAAAGUAAUUAUUUUGCCUUCGUCACACUGUGGGGGACCCCGAUAUAGAGUGCAAAAUUAUCAAGAUGCUAUGGCCAUUUCUAAAUGGGCAGGAUACCCUGAUUUAUUUCUUACUUUCACUUGCAAUCCAAAGUGGCCAGAAAUAAAUGACAUGCUCAGUUUAAUUGGUCAAAAAGAUGAUGCUAAUAGAGUGGAUGUCAUAUGCAGAGUUUUUGAGAUAAAGUUAUUUCAACUAAUGGAAGAUUUGAAAAACCAACAACCAUUCGGAAAAAUAAUUGCAUGUAUAUACACAAUUGAGUUCCAAAAAAGAGGCUUGCCCCAUGCACACAUAUUGCUUUUCUUGCAUUCGACAAUGAAAAAUCCUUCAGCAAACCAUAUUGAUAAAAUAAUAAGUGCAGAAAUUCCAGACAGAAACAUUGAUCCGGAUGGUACUCAUGUCGAAAAGAAAGGUGUAUUCCUAGAUAAUCGAUAUGUAGUUCCUUACAAUAGGAAUUUGAUUGUAAAGUUUGAUGCACAUAUUAAUGUUGAAAUUUGCAAUUACUCAAGAUCGACCAAAUACCUUUUCAAGUAUGUUCAUAAAGGAUCUGAUAGAACGACUGCAACAUUGGAAUCUAUUGACACUACCGAACAAAUUGAUGAAAUCAAAACAUAUUUGGAUUGUAGAUAUAUAUCAGCAACUGAAGCUUGCUGGAGAAUCUUCCAAUUUGACAUACAUUACAGAAAGCCAGCAGUUGAAAGAUUGCCGUUUCAUUUACCAGGAGAGCAUACAAAGGAUAUUUGA